UGUUUUUUUCUGGGUUUGUGAUGUGGAACCUCUGCAGACCCCUAAGAUUCCAGCUAACAUCCAUGGAGGCAACUGGAGCAGGCAGGCAGAUGGAGAAGCUGCAGGAGGAUCUCAGCAAGCUGCAGCUUUCAGAGGAGCUCAUGCCUGAAUCCUACAGGAUCAACUCCCCAAAGGAGGAGCAGCUGCUGGAAAUCGUAGAUAACUUCCAGCAGCAGUAUCUGUGCCUGUAUCCUGAGAGGAAACCUCUGCUGCUCUGCCCCAUUAAUGAGUGUGGCGUCAGGAAGUUCAUAUCCACCACGGUUCAGCCUACAGCCUCGAACCUUUAUGACCUCUUCUGCUGGCAGGACUGUUCCUCUUUCGUAGCCGACUUCCUGUCCCUGCAGCCUCUGGAGCCGCCGACUGAGUUGCCCAGACAGCUGUUCUCCCCCACAUAUGUGUUGCGCAGUCAGAAGGCCACCUGUUUCGAAUCCGCCACCCUGCUCUGCAGCAUGCUGCUGGUCCGGAACUACCACGCCUACUGCGUCAGCGGCUACGCCUCCAGAGAGAUGUGCCUGCUGGACCAGAGCCUGCAGCAGUGCCCCCUGUUGGACACGGAGGAGGUCCAGGAAGAAACUUCUGAGCAGAGACAGCAAAAGAAAAAUGUGGUCAGGCUUCUGGAGGAGCUCGGAACUGCCUCUCUGAUGGAGCAGGAGAGGCGGGAACAGGAAGCUGCUGAAGGAGCUACAACAGCUUUGCUUCAGAAGGAGCUACAGGAGAUUGAAAGUCGACGUCUUCCUGACCCCCUGGAAGGACUUCGGAUUCACUGCUGGGUUCUGGUUCUGUCGGGAAAAUGCGACAUCGAGGAGAACUUCUUCAUCGACCCCCUCACAGGAAGCAGUUUUCCCACAAACGACAAGAACUUCCAGUCCAUAGAGAGCGUAUGGGACAACUACAACUGCUAUGUCAACAUGCAGCGGUGCAUCGAUGGCUGCAAGGACUUGUGCUUCAAUUUUGAAGACCGCAACCUCUGGGAGAAGGUCUUACAAAAAGCACUCGGCCAACAGCAGUUGGACAAACUGGUCCUGAGAAGGGAAAAAGAAGGUUCAAAGGAAAUGACCCAAUUGAUGCAGGGCAUUGUUCCCAGGAAGUUUGUCCUCCACAGGUCUUGGGUCAGCUACAUCAACAUCUCACAUGAAGACCUGAAGAAAAGGUUUCCAGGGGGAAAGAAGGAGACGCGCUUCAUAAAGGCAAAGCUGGAGAGGUUUUCACCAGCUUUGACCAAAGAUGGCCUCCUCCGCAGAUUAACCACCUACAAAGACCUGGACUGCACAGAGGUCACCAGGGUAAAAGAGUGGUACCAAAACAGAAGUGAUGAUUUGGAGGAGAGAGAAAUGAACAUGGUGGAGAACGUCACUACUGAGCGCUUCAACUCUGAUGGAUUUGGGACCCUUUUAUUUCACAGUUGGAAACCAGUGAGUUCUGGUAUUGAACGGAUGAUGCGGUUUGAAACCUACGAAGGGGUACCUGGUGUGCAGCAAAGAGUGGUAUCGCCACAGGUCCUGGAGGAAACCUUUGUGCACCGAAGUGACUUCCUGUAUUCCAGACGCGUGACCUUCAGGCUUGACGAUCAGCCUUUGAACGCCAAUCGUCCAAGGUCCAAGCUGGAGGCCCUUGGUGUGCAGAAAGUGGUGGAUCGUUUCCAUAGGGACCAAUCUAAACCAGCAGACAAAGACAUGGCCCAGGUCAUAUUUCUGCUGCCAGAUUGGAUCUCGGUGACCUAUCACCUCAUGGACCACCACCAUAUCCCAUCAGUAGUGCACAUAUCAGGAAAGGACCUGUGGUCGGAGUUCCAGGCGGACCGCUCUCUGAAGCCUCUGGGGCCGCUGUCCUUCCACAGGCUGUUGAAGGACAUGAAGGCCAAGAAAGACAACGUGGCCUUCGAAAUUAAAGAGUCUCUGAUGGAGGUGGAGAACUUCCUGGCCUCCAGAGAGCAGCAGGAGAAACCAGAACUGGACUAGAAGCGAAAAGUCAUCUUCAGAGGCAGAAAGCCAGCUCUGGAAACAAAGCUCCACCUCCUGAUGCGGCUAUAC